AUGGCGGCCCUUCCCUUGAUGGGCAACCAGCCAGGUAAGAUGCAGGCUGAGCCUACUCCGCUAUCUAGCCGUUUCGAAGCCCUUACAGAAAUGCUCCAAAUGAACGAUCCCGCCCUGGAUGGUAUUAUUGCUGAACCGAGGUCACAGUUCGCCACUUCGACUCAUGUAGACAACCCUGGCCGACCCAACGCUCGUAACUUUACACAGGGAUCUAGUGCGCAUCAAACUACACAAUUGAUUAACGAAGUCCCAACGAUAUUUCCUGCUCCGCAGAUAGCCUUAGAAGCCCAAAUUGUUCCGCACUUUACCCAUCCUAUAGUUGCCGAACACCAGAGGAGCUCAUUACAGCAGUCAAUAAACGGCUUUGGACUACCUGGAUGGAAGCUUCCAUCCAGUGACUCUUUAACCAGAUUCUUAGCCGGAUAUUUCACGGGGUUCUAUCCAUAUGCACCCUUCACCCAUGCGCCAACUUUCAGGUUUGACGCAUGCUCACCGGAACUUCUUUUAGCAAUGUUUGCCAUUGGAGCAGCUAAUCGCUUUGAAUAUCAUUCCGCGAUUAAUAUGUUCUAUGUCUCGAAGGCAAUACUACUGGAGCGCCAGCACCAAAGGGAACGUGGUAUGCUUGAACGGCUAAUGAACCACAGAACGAGCGAUGAUUUCGUAGAACGAGAUUAUAUGGACGAGGUCCGGUGCCUGCUCUGUCUCAUGAGUAUUGCGACAUGGGAUAAGGACUUGAAUCUCAGAAACGAAUCACUUGUGUUACGUGGCCAGCUCGCUCAUGCCUUGAGACUAAGUGGACUUGAAGAACCAUCGGAAGUACUCGAUAUUCAUUGGGAAAACUGGGCUCGCCUAGAAUCCGAAAGACGUGCAAAGCUGUUUGCAUUCUGUUUUCUCAACGUCCAGAGUAUCGCGUAUAAUCUUUCACCAGUCAUCUGGAGUCAUGAACUCAAGCUGCACCUGCCUUGCUCCUGUCCUGAAUGGACGGCACCGGACGCAGGAACUUGGGCUUUGCUAAGACAAAAUACGCCGAUUACACAAAAUCACUUCCACACAGCUUUAAAGGAUCUGCUAUCCCCUUCUCCCUGUGAUAUCAAGGAGCUCAACCCGACGCCCGUUGCUAAUUAUACAUUGCUGCAUGGUCUCAUACAAAGCAUUGUGUGGGUCCAGAUCUUCCCCAAAGAUCUAGGGGCUGAUCCAACUUCAGACAGCCGAGUGCUCUUCCGUAACGCCUUGCGCAAAUGGACAAUAUACUGGCAACGGACUCCAGAAUCCAAUCUGGAGCCAUUCGACCCCAACGGGCCAUUGCCCUUCAUGUCAAGCGCUUGGCUCAGCUUUGCUUACAUUCGGAACUGUUCUCAAUUCUCUAACUGUCAGUCUCGGGAGAUAUUCUCGUGGAAUGUUGCUUCUAUCGCCCGUGCUCUUCGUGCGUCGCCAUCUGCGAACCACGAGUGGGAUGAGCUGUUGGCGGCGCAUCAUGCGACUCAUUUCAUGGGUAUCUUGGUCAGGCUUGGUAUACAAUACAUCAAACACAAUAGGGCAUCGUUAUGGAGCAUUGAGGCUGCAAUAUGCGGGUUGGAAUGUUCUGUUUUCCUUGACAAGUGGCUUCGAGCGUUUAAUACAGACACGAAUCCUAAGUUAUUAACAGACCACGAACGUAUGCUCCUUCAAUGGACUCGAGAUAUCGUCCACGACGGCUCUAUAUCUAUCAACAGUGUCGACUCGGACAUUUCCUCAAGUCGGCCACAGGAUUUAGUCAACUGCACUAUCGAGGUUUGGUGUCAUAUCAUGCAGGGCGACUCUCCUUGGCCGUUUAUUAGCAUGUUAGGCGAUGCUGUAGUUCAAUAUAAAACAGUCUGUUGCCAGGGCCUGGAUCAAACAUAA